AUGACAACCCGCACCGAUUACCUUCGCGACCAGCGAGACAUGGGACACACGAUAGAGCAUUUAUCAUCUGUACCUGCACACUAUGCAGACCCAGUGGACCUAAGCAUAUUUACGCCCUUCUUUGGAAAUGAUUUAAACGCUAUCCAAGAGGCGUCUGCGAGAAUCGUCAACUCCGGUGUGCCGGUCUCCACCAUCACCAUACCUUCGGGACUAAUUGUGCGCCUUAUUGAGCUUCUUGAUGAAGGGCCGCAAUUUUGCCAAGUCGGCCUAACAAUGCUCACGUUCAUCAGUGCUGGGCUUACAUUUAACAUAAAUGAGUUUAUUGCAGGAAACUUUGUGGAGCGCGCCAUCAAUCUGUUUCUUUCCUCAAAGGAAAUGCUCACCAUGUCUUCGGUCAUUAUUAUUAUAGGUAACCUUAUUGGUGACGGCACGCUGCUUAUUGAUACAUUUCUGGAGACCGGGUUUGUGAACGUUCUGAGCGAGUUUGUGGAAGAACACAAGACCAAGUACAACAUUCUCCCAGAUAUUUGCUGGUGCAUAUGCAAUUUGACUAGGCACAUUCGCGAUAAGGACUUUCCAUAUACAACGGACCAGCUGCAUACAAUAGCCGGGGCCAUCUCCAAACUCUUGCCCUUGGUCGAGAGUCACGAACAGGCCGGCUACUACUUAGGCUGGGCCCUUACAUACUCCCUCGAUAGUGCUCAGUGCGCAAAUUACUACGAUACCACGCAUGCAUUUUUCUAUGCCCUUAAAUUCUGUAAGGUGCAGAAGAAGGUGAUUGGCUCAACAAUGGCCUUCUUCAAGAGCAUUGAAGCCUUCCUAAAGCAAAACCUCUCUGGAGAGAAGCUUUCUCUACUAAUUAAGGGGCCAAUCUAUCAACAACUCCUCAGGAGCAAUACUAGUAGCAUUCCAGCGACUGUGCACUCUAUCUUGCUAGACAUAUGGAUCUUGAUCCUUCAACUAGACCUCAACGACAAGAUGCUGGCGGAGCAAGCAGCACCACUAGACAGAGAACUGGUAUCUAGCAUCCUCUCCUCGUCGCGUGUUUCGGACCCGCUUGCCUAUCUGCACGUUCCACUCACGCGAGACACUGUCUGUGAAGCACUUAUGAGCAUCUUUCCUUCUUUACUGCAGAUUAAUAACUCUAACAGCGUGUCUGCGCAGAAGCGCAUCAUAGAACUUCUUAGCGAGUUUUUGCUGAAGGCAUCUGUGGAAGCCUGUCAGCAGAUAAUUGGGUCCUCGGACUUCAUUCGCUUCCUUGAGCGAUCGCUGAAUCCAUGCUAUACAGAGCAGCCAGGCUAUACAAAGAAGCUUCUCGAGCUUAUCCUGGGGGCCCUAGAGAUUCCUGGAAUCUCCGUAGAUACGUUCCGGACUGAUCUUUCGGAAGCGAAUCUGAUAACGGCCAUUGCAGACCUGGACCAGGACACUGCUACGUCUAUCCUUGUAGGAGACAUAUUGCAUUACCUCGGGGGCUCAGAGGAAGCUUUUCCAGAGUAA